AUGAGCAAGUUUCCCAAAGUAAGUAUUGAAUUUUGUGCCAAAUGCAAGUGGCACAAUAGAGCUAUAUGGUACGUCCAAGAAAUAUUGCAAACAUUUAGUAAGCCUGGUGUUAACUUGAUCGAAGACAUCUCCGUACAACCCCGGUACGAUUUUCCAGGGUUAUUUAGAAUUGUAGCCCAUAAGAACGAGAACGAAAGUAAGAUUUUGUAUCUGAGGAGAUUCAAGAGCGACGUAGAUGACAAUUUGAUAGAGGAUUACGUCUACGAGGGAUUUCCAGAUAGUAAAUUCUUGAAAACUCUUCUUCGAGAUUACUUAUUUCCAGACAACAAUUUGGGGCAUAUUGAUCGAGGAACGGAAAGAGAAGUGCUUAAUCAAGGCGGCAAGAAGGAAGUGAAGAAGCAAGAGAAACAAGAGCCAGAAACGCCAGAAGCAGAAGCAAAAGCAGAAGCAGAAGGGCCAGAGUGUGUUGCUUGUAAGGUGGAAGAAUUGUAA